AUGGGACCACCAAAUAUAGCGGAUGGAGCACCAGAAAUGGGAGCAAUCGGUCGGGUCGAGCACACCACUACCUGUCCUUCCCGCGUCUCUUUACCUUUUGUACUCCAUCCGUCGUCUGAUCGGCCGUCACAAAAUGAACAUCAAACACUACUCAUACGACAAAUACACACGACCAAUUCGACACAAAAAGUGCUGGACAUAAAGCAACAAAAGCAGCAACGUGUUUCACGUGCCGUUGAACGUAUCUUACGUCUCAUUUGCUCAAAACAUCUUUCAGAAGUGAUGAAUGAAAUUCCAACCGCUUCAUCGCCAACACCAUCAUCAUCAGCACCGGCAGAAUCAGAAAAACAAGCCGCAAAACGAAGUGCCAGCAAUGCAAACAGCGAUGAACAAAGUGAUUGCGAUCCAAAGAUAAAAAUGCCGAAAAGUGAGGUGGAAGUUGUAGUGAGCGAAGAUAAUGAUUUACAAAGCAGGCAACCAUCCAUGGAUAUAAUAUCGGAGCAAAUUAUUUCACCUUACGAUACGGCUGACUUGGUGCAUGCUAAUGAAAAAUCGCUCGCACAAGUUUUUGGUUCCUCAAUCCAAGCGCCUUUGAUAACUGCUGCAGAUAUCAAUCGUAUGAAUCGUGAACGAGGUUUGGAAAUUGUCGCAAUGGCAGGUCGAUAUGAAGCAUUGGUGGAUAGUGCUUCACGUUCACCAGCUGCAAAUAUGGAGCGUAAUAAAAUUUGGCGCAAAAUAACGGAGGAAAUUAAUAAAAAAUAUUCCCAUUUAAAUACGUUAACUUUUGAGCAAUGCAAAAAAUUAUGCAAAUAUUACAAGCGUAAAGAUCCGACCAAUUAUGGACUUGCAUUCCAUGCUGUGCAUUCCGAUUUAAUUCCAAGUACAUACAAGGAACAGCAACAGCAGCAAGCUGCAGCUGCAAUUGCAGCAGCUGGUAAUGCGGCAGCUUAUGUGACCACAAAUGGACAAAUUGAUGAACCGAUCGAUGUUGAUGAAUUACUUGAAGCGAACGAUGUAGUAGAUGGUAUUUGUUGUGAUACAAAUACGUUAAAAAUGAAACAAGCAGAAGAGAAUACUCCUUUACCGAUGGAAGAUAUUGUACGAGAAGAUGAUAAACCAUCAAAAGAUCUUUUACAAUUUCUUGCACAAUGCUCAGCUUCUUCAUCGUCCAGCUCAACUGAUGGCUUAGUAUUACCUGGACAGCAAGCUGCUGCAGCUGUUGCUGCUGCAACAGUCAUUGCAAAUCAACAGAAGAAGGAACGUGGGCAAUAUGUUUGCAAAUUAGCUGAAACAUUUAACGGUGUCUUUGAUAGCCAUUCAAGGUUAUAUCAUAUUAAUGCUGAACGUAAUCAAGUUUGGAAACAGAUCACCGAUUCAACCAAUGAAAAGUAUGGAUCUGAACUGGGUGAUUUAACGAUAGAGCAAACUAAGAAACUUUAUGCAAAUUACAGGCGGAAAUCUCAAAUGAUUUCUUUUACUAACAAUGGUAGUGGGACUUGUGGUAUAUCACGAUCCGAUACGGGUAGCAUUAAUGGAGCUGCUUCGGCUGAUCUGGAUUCGGAUGCAUCAUCGAGUAAUUCUGAUUUGCUAACACGUUUGGUAACUCCGGUGUCAAAUGGAACAGGUGCCACCAGUGGUACUUCUCAAAUACGGGCUGGUUCACCAACUCUUUUACCUCGAUUGACAUUAAGAGAUCGAAAAUCUAAUAUCGAUUUGAAAAAUGGGUUCGUGAAUCAUGCUGGUAAUGUUGGUCAGCGUAUUUCAGCGAAUCCCGGUCUGUCAUCAGUGGAAUUAUUGGCCAUUAUCGCUGAUCGUGAUGCUGAAAUUAAACAAUUAAAAAAUGAAUUAUUGCAGAAAUCAGUUGAACAUCAGCUUCAAAUAUCACGUGUUUUGGAAAAAGUAUCGGAUCUGGUAAAGACUGCAGUAAAUACCAAUGUACAACGGGAAAUAAUGUCAGCAAUGACUGGGGUUGCUGGUUUCAGCGGUUAUCAUGAUAAUGGUUAUUGUGAUAAGAGUUACGAUGAUGAUAGCGAUUUGUAA